GAAGCCGAGAGGGACCCGGGGCGGAAGGGGACCCGGGCCAGGCUUGUGUUCGGUGCCUUGGCGGGGCUGGGGUUCCGAUGUGGUCCCCGGGGCGGGAGGCCCAGGCCCCGACCGGGGGAGACCCGGCGGGCCUCCUGCCGCCCGAGUGGGAGGAGGAUGAGGAGCGCAUGUCUUUCCUGUUCUCCGCCUUCAAGAGGAGCCGCGAGGUGAACAGCACCGACUGGGACAGCAAGAUGGGCUUCUGGGCGCCGUUGGUGCUGAGCCACAGCCGCCGCCAAGGGGUGGUGCGCCUGCGUCUGCGGGACUUGCAGGAGGCCUUCCAGCGCAAGGGCAGUGUCCCUCUGGGGCUGGCCACCGUGCUGCAGGACCUGCUGCGUCGAGGCGAGCUGCAGCGAGAAUCAGACUUCAUGGCCAGCGUGGACAGCAGCUGGAUCUCCUGGGGGGUUGGAGUCUUCCUGCUGAAGCCCCUCAAGUGGACUCUUUCUAACAUGCUCGGGGAUAACAAAGUUCCAGCUGAGGAGGUGCUCGUGGCUGUGGAGCUGCUUAAGGAAAAGGCUGAGGAGGUUUAUCGCCUGUACCAGAACUCACCCCUCUCCUCCCACCCUGUGGUGGCCCUGGCAGAGCUGAGUACUCUGUGUGCCAACUCCUGCCCAGACGAGAGGACCUUCUACCUGGUGCUGCUGCAGCUGCAGAAGGAGAAGAGAGUCACGGUCUUGGAGCAGAACGGAGAGAAGAUUGUGAAGUUUGCCAGGGGACCACAUGCCAAAGUGUCUCCUGUCAACGAUGUGGAUGUUGGGGUCUACCAGCUGAUGCAGAGUGAGCAGCUUCUCUCUCGAAAGGUUGAGUCUUUAUCCCAAGAAUCUGAGAGGUGCAAAGAGGAAGCCCGCCGAGCAUGCCGAGCUGGAAAGAAGCAGUUGGCACUGAGGUCUCUCAAGGCCAAGCAGAGGACAGAGAAACGCAUUGAGGCCCUGCACGCCAAGCUGGACACUGUUCAAGGCAUCCUAGAUCGCAUCUAUGCCUCCCAGACAGACCAGAUGGUUUUUAAUGCUUACCAAGCUGGUGUGGGAGCCUUGAGACUCUCCAUGAAGGACGUCACAGUGGAGAAGGCAGAGAGCCUUGUGGACCAGAUCCAGGAGCUGUGUGACACGCAGGAUGAAGUUUCUCAGACUCUGGCUGGUGGGGUAACCAAUGGUUUAGAUUUUGACAGUGAGGAACUGGAGAAGGAGUUGGACAUCCUCCUUCAGGACACCACCAAAGAACCUUUGGACCUGCCCGACAACCCCCAUGAGACGCUUUAUACCAACAGUGUGCCUAAGCCUAGGAUCUUGGAUGCUGAACUUGAAGCUGAACUUGAGAAACUGUCCUUAUCAGAAGGAGGUUUGCCGGUCCCAAGCAGUAAAUCUCCAAAAAGGCAAUUGGAGCCGACUCUCUAAAGCCAUUGCAGGAACUCAAGGGAAGGACCCUCGUGUAACAGAGGGACAACAGCCUUGUG